AUGCGGUGCGGUCCUGGUCUAGAACACGGCGCGGUGGCGGCGGCGGCGGGUCAGGGCACAUCAUAUUAUACUUUGGCUCGUGCCACCGUGGCCACUCAUCUUCAACAGUACAAGUACUCUGUACCUGCAGAUGCUCGGAAAGUGCAGAGAGUCGGGACUCAGAAGUCGCGGCAGACGGGGAGAGAAGAGGAGGUGGGCGUUCGUCCGGAAAUUCCAUCGGCACAUUCGUUCGGCGUUCCUUCCUUCUACACGCCGUACCUUUGUCUGUACGUUUCGGCGCGACCCCACGGCGACCGCGUGGCCUGCAUGGCCCAUCAAGGAAUUGGCUCUGCUUCCACGGCGCUGGGAGACCCGAAUGCUGUCCUGCGAACCACGAGACUUGGGAGUAUACUACCUACCUACGUACCCCUUGGCUGCGCCGACGCCAAUAAGCGCCAUACCGACGCCGCCAAGGCCGGAACGCGAGUCUACAACUAUGGUCUGGUACGUAAGUAUAUUUCUACGGAGAAGGCUGAUACUUAG